GGCGCAAGAAAGUCGCACCUCGGUGGACGCUCCACACCACAGUACGAAGCGGAGCCGCUUCUUCGCUAGCAAGUUGACUUGGGCAGGAAGCACGCACGCGAUAGGUGGGCGGAAAUCUCCGGCAGUCAGUCCCGUAGAUGGUCAUCAUUGGGGCCGCCGUCGCCGUCGCUGUUCAGUCGCCGUGCAAAUUUCGUGACGUUCACAUCGAUGGCCACGCGGGAGGCAAACGGAACUAUUUGGCGCGUGUGUGGUGUGAUCGGUGAUUAGGUGGAUGAUUUGGGUAGACUGUGUCAACAAGUGGCAGCUGUAAUGCGAAAACGUGCAGUAAAUUCAAAUUGUGUUAUCGAGUGAUUGUAUUGACAAGAAGAUACACUUUAUGAUACACAACUCAUCAUUUGAAGAAGCUAUUUUAUGUGUCAUACAUGGUCAAAAUACAUCAAUACGUUUAAUGUGGUAAAGUGUUAAUGAAUCAGUAUCCAGAUGCAUGACAAAGUCAUAACAGUGACACAUUGGCAGACUGUUGCAGCCCACGGUUAUCGCGUGUCGCCAAAAGCACUGACGUACUCUGACAUGGGGACGCACGGUUGUUUAAUUACCACGCAGCAGUAAACCGCAGAUUCCCGUUCCAAUUGCACCAGGAUCCCGAAUCGCUUGCAGGGCCAACAGGUCAAAGCAUCAUACCCAGUGUUGCUGGCCGUGUUAGCUGGAAGGGGCGGACCACUCCGGGAGAAAGUUCGUCUAAUGGGUCGUCGGAACCGGACGCUUGCGCCACAAUCCGAACAAAUGAAAUUUUAUGGCUUACCGUGCCCCACGUUUGUCCCCGCGGUGGCGAGACAGAGACGGAAAAUCAAAGGAAAAUAAAUAAUUGAAUAGUGUUGUUUGCGACAAGUGAACGCCGUACGUCGUCACAAACAUUCAUUUUUUUUUUUCGAAACCAUAGUUAAAAUGCUAUACUAGUCUGCAAAAUUUUUGAACAUAGUAAGUUUUAUGAAAAAGGAUAAUUAAUAUCACUGACUGCAGCGACUUUCGUUUUAUCAGGCUGAUUGUGAACCGUGGGCUUGUGAUCCUGUGUGCGCCUAUAGAAAGCAGUGUAUAGAGUAACCAACGUCAGUGUAGUGCAAAAAGUUCAAUGACCGAUAUCGACCCUACGGGACUCUUCGAGCAUUAUUAUGCGUACAAUGGCACAGAUGAAGCUGAUUGGAAUGCCACGACCCGCUAUGUGUCGUCCACCGGGGAGGCCCGGCUGGACGUGACAUAUGCCGUUUUCGAGGGCCUGGUGGCUCUGAUGGCCGUGGUGGGCAACGCAAUGGUGAUUGUAGUGUUCAAACGUGAAAGGCGCCUCCGCAGACGGACUAACUUCUACAUAGUGUCGCUCGCCACGGCCGACUUCCUGGUUGGGCUGCUCGGAGUUCCUUUCGCCGUGCUGUCUUCCGUGGGUCUACCACGGAAUCUCUAUGCAUGCCUUUUCACCAUCUCACUGUUGAUUGUGCUGUGUACGAUUUCGAUUUUCUGCUUGGUGGCAGUAUCCGUCGAUCGAUACUGGGCAAUACUGCAUCCGAUGGCCUACUCGCGCAAUGUCCGCACGAAAACUGCAAUAGUUAUCAUCAGUCUGUGCUGGCUGGCUGGCUCCAUCAUCGGGUUCCUUCCACUGUUUGGUUGGCACGAAACGCCUCAAGUCGACACCUGUCUGUUUCUCAAGGUCAUGAACUACGACUAUUUAGUUUUCCUCUACUUUGCGACAAUCAUCACUCCAGCUCUCAUCAUGCUAGCAUUCUACGCACACAUCUAUCGGGUUAUUAUUAAGCAACUCCGCCAAAUCGUAACUAUGAAUCCAUCCGGUGGUAUUUCCUCGGAGAGUCGAAGAUCUUCCGAGAGUAGUCGUAUCCGGAUAACAGCCAAGAAACCUGGACGAUGUAAGCCUAAGGAACACGGUGGCACGAUGCUGCGAGUUCUGGGAGCAGCCCAGAAGCGAGAGGUGAAGGCCACCCAGAACCUGUCGAUCAUUGUGCUAUUCUUCAUGAUCUGCUGGAUCCCGCUGUACACCAUCAACUGCAUUCAGGCUUUCUGCCGCGAUUGCACGAUUCCUUCCACGUUGAUGUUCUUCUGCAUCAUUCUGUCCCAUCUCAACUCGGCCGUCAAUCCUUUACUGUACGCUUACCACCUCAAGGAUUUCCGGGCGGCCCUGAGGAAUCUCAUUCUUAGCAUGCUGGGAUACGACGUCAACACACAGGAGCUGAACUAUCGUGCAUCCCUGGCCAGCCAACAGCAGCAGAUCAUCCAAAGACAUUCUAUGGAUAAGAGGUUUUCGCUGCAGCCUAAGGUUUACAUAGAUUCCCCCGUUUAUUACCGUGCCCAACAGCAACUACGACGGCAACAAUCCGAACUUCUUCAGCAUCGUUCUCUGGAGCGUUCCGAAAGUGGAACAUCAUUCAACAGUGUUAACAAAAAGCGCUUGAUUAGUACUACUCGUUCAGAUCCCGGAUCACCAAACGUUAUAAUUAGUACCUCGGCCAUCAGUGCUAGCCCAAGCGAAUCGAACUGCUCUUCCCCGCAAAAGUAUGACCUCCGAACGGUGGAAGGGAACCAGCGACGUAACUGCAGAAUGUGGGGAAUAGCUGAGGUUUCCAGCAUUAAUGAAGACAGUGUGCAGAGAAAAUCGCUGGACGACGGAGAGAAUGGCGACCUGGUGCUUAUUUGCAGCGAUUCUGAGGAACAAAUUAUGGAGAACCCUGAAAGCUUGGAGCAAUCAUCUAUUGAAGUUAAUUUGGAUGACAUCGACAAAGAUUUCCAAGCCAACGAAUUUGAACAAAUUCUAGACUUACCACCUCCUUCCUUCGAGGAGGAUAGAAAUAUAAGCUCCCUUUAUCAUAUAGUAACAUCCAAACGUCGAAGUCGGAGCACGUGUUGCAUCCUACAAGACACCCCCCUAACAUCCGAACCAACGACUGAUUCCGUCUACCUGAUAGAGGAUCAUUCCCCUACUAAAAUACUCGCCAAACACAUGUCAUGUAAUAAUAGCGCCAAUAACAACAGCGUCAACUGUAGUGAUGGUGGCAAUAACCACCAUAGUCUCGAUCUAGUCGAUAACGUAAACAACAAUAGUCACCCCUGCAAACGCGUCUCAAGUACAAACUCGUCACUUCUCGGUGGAACGCCAACAGUUCCAUCCCGCCAUAGGUCCAUGAGUAAAUCGUUUUCGCUGUUCAACAGCACCUAUCAUGAUAAUACAUCACCGAAGGCGCUGUCGCCUGUCAUCCCGGUAAGAGACAGUGGCCAAUCGUCACAUUCCAGCCUUUUCAAGCUGUUCAGCUCCGGUGGGACUAAGCAGCGAGUGCGUAGCUUUAAGUUCAACAAACGAUCAUUGUCUAACGACAAGUAAGUCUAGCGACAAAACUACUUAGAUUGUAAGUGUAACUGUCAAAUAAUAAAACUAUUUAAAUCUUUCUCCGCUGUAAAAGAGAAAUAAAACCAAAGUCAUA